AGGAUAACGGAGACAUUAUUACAACUCGUCCCGCCCCCGUGUGUUUCCUCCGCUGUCCGGCUCGAGGACGGACAAACCGUCGCACCAGAAGCCCUGGACCGUCAUCGUGGAAUCCUUGAGUUGUCUUUUGAACUGUUCUUGCUCCCUGCAUACUCGUGACACCGUCUCCUUCCACUCGUUCCUCUUUCCCGAGACCGAGAGAAAUGGCAGAGAAGCGGCGAACUCCGUGCACACUGAGUGUCAAGGCACACGCGUUCUCGGUAGAGGCACUGAUCGGAGCAGAAAAGAGACGCCGGACGGCCGGAGAGGAUGCCGAAUCCCCCGGCUACGAUGACGGAACUGAUGUCGCUGAUCUAACAGGGAGCCCCGGGCCGCGAGCCGACAGAACGUGCACCAGUGACCGGGGCAGCGAGGCAGAUUGUACAAGUGACGGAUCCCCAGAGAGCGAGGACGUACUGCUGGAGAGCCCGCAUCCCGCAGCACUAUGCACGGCGCCGGUAACCGGCGGCGGGGAGGACACCCGCGUGGACCUGCAAGGAUCAGACCUGUGGAAGCGGUUCCACGAGAUUGGCACGGAAAUGAUCAUUACCAAGGCUGGACGGCGGAUGUUCCCCGCUAUGCGUGUGAAGAUUACGGGCUUGGACCCACAUCAGCAGUAUUACAUUGCCAUGGAUAUAAUCCCCGUGGACAACAAGCGCUAUAGGUACGUGUACCACAGCUCCAAGUGGAUGGUAGCGGGGAAUGCGGACUCUCCUGUGCCACCCAGAGUGUACAUCCACCCGGACUCCCCUGCCUCAGGAGAGACGUGGAUGCGUCAGGUGGUCAGUUUCGACAAACUUAAACUGACCAACAACGAACUGGACGACCAGGGACAUAUCAUUCUGCACUCAAUGCACAAGUACCAGCCACGAGUCCAUGUAAUCCGCAAGGAGUGUGGAGAGGAGUUAUCCCCCGUGAGAACCAUCCCUGCUGGGGAUGGCACCCGCACCUUAGCCUUCCCUGAGACCGUGUUCACCACUGUCACAGCAUAUCAGAAUCAACAGAUUACAAGGCUGAAAAUUGACAGAAACCCUUUUGCCAAAGGCUUCAGAGACUCUGGCCGAAACCGGAUGGGUCUGGAGGCUUUGGUUGAGUCUUAUGCAUUUUGGCGUCCAUCUCUGCGAACACUCACAUUUGAGGACAUCCCAGGCAUUACCAAACAAGGAAUCCCAGGAGCUCAUGGUGCAAUCGGAACGUCUUCUCACCUGCUCUCCACGUCCCCGUGCUCCUCAUCUUUCCAGGUUUGCCCUCUCAGCCCGCCUGACUACACCUGCAGCCGACCCACACACCCUCUCCAUCGCUAUAGCAACCCCCCGGAGUCAUUCCCCCCUCCCAGAGGUCCAUCAGCUUACGAAGGUGAAGGGUUCUGCGCUCUGCCUCUCCCUGCUUCUCAACUUGGCUAUCUAUCCAACCCCACCCCGCAGGGUUACGCUGGGCUUCGUCUUAACACACCACCUUACAGCCUGUACGGUUACACAUUCCCUCCCUCACCACGCCUCGCAGCCAGCCCUGAUAAAAUGGCCGCCGCUGCCGCUGCCAAUCAUCAGAGUGCCUUCCUUGGCUCGUCUCCCAGUGGGACUCUAACGGACGGUCUGGGUGUACUCAGUGGAGGACAGCAGGGCUUCUUGUUUAACUCCCGGACUUUAGGACUGGCAGGUAGCCAGCCGGGAGGUGGUGCCUCACAAGUCACUGCCCACAUGGGCUGAAUUUGACUCUAGACAUCUAGGGUUGUCAAAAGAAAAACCAAAUGACACCCUGGAAUGGGUGUAAGUUUCUUUUGGUUCAGAAAGUUCUACGAAUGAAUCAUCCAUGUGCUGAACAAGCAUCAGGCUGAAUUGUGGACAAACAAAGAGGAGAGACAGAUCAUGCAAUUGCCUCUGUGGACAAAAUAGUUUUCUCCUUUAACUGAAGGGAAUAUUUUUACCAAGUUCUUAUGUCUCAAGUAUCUCCUCUAAGAUGUGCAUGUGCAGCUGCAGUGGCCACUAAAAGAGAGACUUCCUGCAGUUUGGGAUAAGGGGUUCAAACGAUGUAACCCAGUGACUGAACUGGAACUGAAUAUGGAUUGGGAAGAAACUGGGCUGGCCCAGGCACCCCAAGCAAGCACUUCAACACCUGGCAGGACGCCCUGAAGCAGUUACUAUUAUUAUCACACAGAACUUUGUUGCCUCAUUGAUCUUGCCUGCUUUGGAUGGAGUUACUGAGCACUACUUUUGAACUUAUUUUAUAGAACACAUUUUGAUCGACUAAAUUCCUUUUGUCAGAUCAAUUUGUUAUCAUUACAUGCCUGGUGGUGUUCUCAAUCCAGUCAUUGGAAUAACAAGCGUGUGAGCCAUCUAGUAAAUUGCACUACAGACAGGGCCCUUUCACCACUCAGGCUUGAAAACAAACUAUUACACACAACACCAGGAGCCAGUCAUAUAUUGACAUGGUGACACCAUGGCCAUAAGAGACCAUGGCAGACGUCCCAGUGACAGUUAUGGACCGGCAAGGUUAAAGCUGUGGGAGAAUGAUGGAUGAUGGACUAAUCUACAUCUUCUACGUCUGGCUCGACAGACGUUUUUUUGAUGCAGCUGUUUGGAUGUCAGGCUGAAGUACAUCUUCCCUUGUGUGACACAGACGUAACUGUACAUGGUGGCUCUGUACAUAACGAGGGAAAGGCGGGCGGGAGGAGACAUGUGUACAUACAGGGCUGUGUGACCCUUCGCACUUAAAAACCCUAAAGCACCUGCUUCUGGUCUUUUGACUGGGUCAGGUAUGCAACAGCUAACCCUGAACUUGACCUAAAAGCUUUUCUUUGCAAGCACGCGCUAUAUCAGCACGCUCUUUGCCUGAGGACAUUAACAUGUUCUGUGACCUUUUUGAGCCAAAUAAAAUAUAUCUAUUCAUGUUAAAUGUUCAUAUGUCAUCAAUAUCUUACUAAUUUAAACGAUUUCGUUAGGUUUUUUUAUUUUUAUCAAGGUGUGUGAGAGUGUACAAAGCUUAAUAUUUUCUUGUAAAACAAAGAAUGAAGGACAGUAUGUUUAAGUGUUGGCAGUCGCGUAUGUGCUUGUGGUAUUGAGAAUGUGUAUGUGUCUGUGUG